AAGAAUCCCAAAUUGAGUAUAAACGUAGCCCAUUAAUAUAGCUGAUAACAACACAUUCCUGUCUCUGCUCGUAAAAAAAAUAAAAAAUCGCCGCCUCUGUGUGGAAUUUUCUCAAUCUUUAAAAUUAGGGUUUGUUCGUUGUUUUUUCAAUUUUUAGUUAUGUAUCCUUUAAAUUGUCUCCGUAUUAGAGUAGGAUUCAUCUAAUUAUUACAAGUUCCGUGAAAUUAAAUUUUUUAUAGCACUCAAAUUAGGGUUUUAAUUUGUUUCUGAAUCGGAGAAAAGCGAGCAAUGAUUAUUACUUCUUCGUAUUCCUUCAUCGUUUCGAUCCUAAUUUUUCAGAAUCUUCGUGUAUUUGGUCCCGGCUUGAAUCCUUUUGCUCCAUAUUGCGUUGCAAAUCACUCUUCUUCUCGCUAAUUUUUUUUUUUCUAAAUUUGUUGACUGACUUUGAACAUGUAAAUCUGUCGAAUUCUUGUCGCCUUCGGUUUAUUGUUAUUGUUUUUCUUCUUCUUAAUAUUUUCUAGGGUUUUGCAUUCUCAAUCUUCUCUAGGGUUUUGAAUUGUUGGAAAACUCUGUUCUUGGUGGUAAUUGAUUGAUUGAUAAAAUUUGGAAGGAAGAGAAAAAGCAAAGAAUAAAAACUAGGGAUGAUGCUUCAGGAACCGUCGGAUUCGGUUUCUAUAAUAUUGCGGCGUUGUUUGUCGAAACGACGGAGCUUUAGGUCAAGGUUCGAUAGGGAUGAUAGAGGAUGGACUUUGCUUCAUAUUGGCGCCAGAAAAGGUGAUCUCAAAGAGGUAAAGCGUUUACUUGAUCAAGGAAUGGAUGUUAAUGUUCCUGCAUUGGGUCCGAAAUCAAAAGGGAUGACCCCUCUCCACCUUGCUGCUGAGGGAGGUCACAUUGAGGUGAUGGAUGAAUUGCUCGAGCGUGGUGCCGACAUUGAUGCGAGAACCUGGGGUGCUUGUGGCUGGACACCGCUGCAUAGUGCAUUAAAAGAUAGGAAGAAAGAAGCUGUCAAAUUUCUUAUCGAGAAUGGGGCAUUUUUGCCGGAUGAUAUUAAUGAUAUCAGAUUCAAUCCACCGCUCCACUACUGCCCAGGCCUUGAAUGGGCAUACGAGGAGAUGAAGCGUCAACGCUGCGGAAACUUUUCAGCAGGUGAAUGAAUCAUCCUCUACAGCUCUGAUGCCUGAUGUGCUCUCCUGGCCAUACUGCUUUCUAUAAACUAUUUUAUGAUUUUGAAGUGUUGUAUUUUGAAUAAUAUAUUCUAUGGCCUUGUACGGCCUUGUGCUGUGUUGACCGAUUUUUAACACCUAUUAUGGGCAUUGAAUGGGCAAUGAUGUGUGUUAAAGUUUAUGUUUUAACUUCUGUAAACAGAAUCCAACUUUAUUGUAGAAGGAAAUAGUAAUUGAGAUUAUGGCA